CUUUCAGCGUGCGUGUGACCAUUUAGAAGUGACUUUCUUUUUUUAAAAAAAGAUAAACCCUAAAGGGUACAGACAGAGAGAGAAAAUUCUUUUUUUUAUACAUUUAUUCUUUUACAAGUAAAAUGGUGAGAGAGUUAGAACCCAGUGUCAAUGAAGUUGCGUUUCUUUUGGAAGCUUUAAAGCAAGGAAGACGUGUCGAUGGACGUGAAGUAUACGACAUGCGUUCUGUGGAAAUUACUUUGGGUGCCGAUUAUGGUUAUGUCGAAGUUCAACUUGGCAGAACACGAGUCGCCGCCAACGUCUCUGCUGAAGUUGUCAGACCUCACGCCGAUAAACCCACUGAAGGUAUCUUGCUUUUUAACACGGAAAUUUCUCCCAUGGCUGCAGCUACUUUUGAACCCGGGGCUCGUUCAGAAGAGGAAGUAAUGAUCAGCCGUACCAUCGAAAAAGCCUUGCGUAGAAGUAGAGCAAUUGAUACAGAAGGUCUUUGUAUCGUUGCAGGAGAAAAAGUGUGGCAGAUUCGCGUUGAUCUUCUUUUCCUUGAUCACGAUGGCAAUCUCAUUGAUUGUGCAUCCAUCGCUGCCAUCACUGCAUUGUUACAUUUCAGACGUCCUGAUGUCACUGUAUCUGGUGAAGAAGUGACAAUUCACCCCAUCGAUCAAAGAAACCCCGUACCUCUCAGUGUUCAUCAUAUUCCCAUCUGUAUUACAUUUGCAUUUUUCGACAAUGGCGAGUUAUUGGUGGUUGACCCUAAUUAUUUGGAAGGUCAAUCCAAGGAAGGUGAUAUGACCAUCACCAUGAACAGUCAUAAAGAGAUUUGUGCCUUAACAAAGGCUGGUGGGAUUCCCUUAGAAAUGGAUCAAGUUUUGAGAUGUUCUCAAAUUGCCAUUAUUAAAGUCACAGAGAUUGAUGAAAUGAUCAAGAGAGUGUUGGAAGACGAUAAAGCAUCAAGACAAAAGAACCGCAAGUAAUACUCUUUGUUCUAUAUAUUCCUCUCUCUUUUCCAAUCCUGUUGUUUAUUCUUUCUCCACUCACCUUCAUUUUUUGUACUUAAUAAUAUCCCCUUCUUUCUUUUGCUAUAAAAAAAGCUUGUAUUUUUAUACACCAACAAUCCAGAGAAAUUAUUAUUUUAUGCCAAACUUUAUUAAUUUUCUCUGGUGCGAGACAA